UGCAUGGAUCUGAGAACGUAUAUAAUCUCUGUUAAAUUCAUUUAUCGGGUGUUUCGUAGUCAUCUGCCGUUUUCCGAUUUCACGAAGUGAUAACACGAGUGUCAUCAUGUUCAAAAAUAAAAUACUACUGUCAAGUUUGGAGGUAAAUUUAUUUCACAAGCAAUCUACUGCAGAUGAUGUACUGCAACAAAUGAAAGACCUGACAAGUCUAUGCAAAAUGCCAGAAAAUCGUGUGAACGUGCAAGAGGAAGAUUACGUAGCAGUCAAACGAAUUAUUAUUAUGUCGGAUGCAUGCCACGUGAUGCACGAAUCACAGUUUCCAUUGGAACUACGGCUAACAUCCAUUGCAACGGUCACCGAGUGUUUUCGUACUCUGCGAAAUCUUUGCGCUGACUGUCUAGCGAAUCAGGACUCGAUAAGGAACAACGGAACGUUUGCAGCCACUCGAGACAUAUUUGUUCAGCUGCUUGUGUGCAACGAAGGCCAGGAUGAAGGGUCAGGGGAACAUAUUAGGGAAGAUUUAGCAGAAACACCAGCAGUUAAUCUCGCCAUACGCUGUGCCGUACAGUUUCUGGGAAACUUUGUUACUGCAAAUGAAAGCAAUCAGGAACUUGUCUGGAACGAACUUAGGCCACACUUCAGAACUGUCUUGGCCGGUGCCGACCUCACUGCUGCUAACUACUGCUGCAUGCUGCUGCUUAACAUGCCUUCCUGCCGUGAGAGAAUCCUCUCAGAUGACAGCAGCAGGCGUCUGCUGGACGCGGUCGUGUUGCUGGUCACCAGACAUGAAGCAGAGUGGGGGAUCUUCCUACUGGAGAAGUGUGUGGCUGAAGAGUCAUUUUAUUCGCACACUUACCCAACACUCUCUGCCGCAAGCAAGUUGGCAGUACUUGAUCUCGUUUCUGCUCAAAUCUCCUCACAAGAUGGCAGCACAGAGUCAGUAGUCACGGACGUUCCCAUCGAGUGCCUGAGACACGUCUGUGAGGAGUUUAGAAAUCUCUGCAGCUGUAUCAUUGACAGCAGCAGCAAGAGAUCGGUGGAGCCGGAGCUAAUGACGAGGAUGCUGGGAGUGUUGUGCACGGCGACGGCGCAGCGUGGUUGCUACGACGCCCUACUGGAUGAGCCUCAUCUCGUGGCGUGCGCCGUCAAGCUCCUGCAGAGAGUUCACGCAAUCGAGACAGCCGACGAUGCGAAGAUUGCGGAAGAACGCAAGACGGGCGACCGCAAGUCGGCCGACCUCGAUGUGCGCGAUGACAGCGCCAUCUACGGGUUCAAAAGAGACUUAAUUCGCCUGCUCGGUAAUUUGUGUUACAGACACCGAGUGAAUCAAGACCAG